AAAAAAGCCAAGACCCGCUUUGGCAUUUCCUCGUGUCCGAGCCCCACAUCAACCGCUUCUUCCAAGUUCGAAGGCUCGGAGUGACUCACUGAUUGACUGCCAUGGAAGCCAAUUCUUCUUCGUCUUUCAAGAUAAUUUUAGGCUCAGCUUCGGUAGCACGUCGGAAAAUAUUGGCUGAAAUGGGAUACGAAUUCACAGUCAUGACUGCAGACAUUGACGAGAAAUGCAUCAGAAAGGAAAAGCCAGAGGAGUUGGUUUUGGUUCUUGCCCAGGCAAAGGCUGAUGCUAUUAUAUCCAAACUACAAACUAUCAAUAAUCAAGAGAUGGAUGCUGAACCGACUAUUGUGAUUGCAGCAGACACACUGAUGGAAACUUCUCAGGCAGAAGCUAAUUCACAAAGGCUCCCAGUUGGUGACUACAUAAAGGAUGACGAACCAACACUAUUAAUUACUUCUGAUCAAGUGGUGGUCUAUGAAGGUGUGAUCAGGGAAAAACCAUCCAGCAAGGAAGAAGCACGGCAAUUUUUGAAAGACUAUUCUGGAGGACAUGCAGCAACAGUGGGAUCUGUGCAUGUUACAAACCUUAAAACCGGAUUCAGUAAAGGAGAAUGGGAUCGAGUGGAGAUUUAUUUCCAUGAAAUACCGGAUGAAAUCAUUGAGAAGCUGAUUGAGGAGGGGACGGUGCUCAAAGUUGCUGGGGGACUCAUAAUAGAACAUCCUCUAAUUCUUCCCUUUGUUAAAGAAGUGGUAGGGACAACUGAUAGCGUGAUGGGACUUCCCAAAGAUCUCACUAGGAGGCUGCUGAAAGAGGCCAUCUAGCUGCAGUGGAGCUUUACGAUUUGGUUGUUCGACUUCUGAUCAGCUCCUGUUCGUAUCUGUUGUGAACUAUGGUUGUUUCUUUGAUUUUCAGUGAUGAGAUUAUUAAUUAUCUUUUCGGCUUUCCAAAGCCUAGGAUAGGACUAAUUAUAUAUUAUAAAGCAAAAUUGCAUCGUUAACCCAAA